AGCAGCACAUUUUGUUAUUGUGGAGACUCUUACGGAAAGCAUGGAAAGGUCUUAGAUAAUGUUUGCAAUUCAGCAUGCGGGGGACUGCCAUUGACAGAAUAUUGCGGAGGACCCUCAAGCAACAACAUCUAUUCACUUUGCAACAAACUCGGGACAAGGCAAAGCUGCUCACAAGUCCACCAUUGUACCACUCCAAACAGUCUGACACCAGAUAUGACGUGUAAUCCGUCAAGUUGUCUGCCUGGAUGGUAUGGACCUGCCUGUGAUCUGAGAAAUUGCAACGUCAACAACGGUGAUUGUGGCAUCCACCCAUGCUCCUCAUUCCAAAUUGGAUCGACCGUCAUGACGGAAUGCGUUUGUAGGAUUGGCUACAUGAAAUAUUUCUACAACGAUUACUGUCAGCUGGUCAACAGUGUGUGCAAUGUUUUUCCAAACUUAUGCAACAACACGAUUUCCAGUUGUAUAGUUGGGAAUGGAGAUUACGAAUGCAACUGCAAAACUGGCUACCAACAUCCAACUAAUCCAAUCAAUAACACCGUCUGCAUAGGUUGGACAUAUUUUUAA